AAAUCAACAAGCGGUCUUAUACUCAUGUUGGUCGGUUUCUUACUGCAUUUAUUGAUAUUAAUAUUUUGUCACUUACUUUUGGAUAAAAAGUGUUUUAAUUUGUUCCCGUAAAAGUUUAAUUUCUAUGUGUCUUCUUCGUAAAGCGAAUUAAUUCUCUAGAAAUGUCUAUUUCAUUAUCCAGCCUCGAGUGACAGAUGUUGCAUUAAUAGAUCGCGCCAGUUUUUAGUCGCCGAACUUGUGUUUAUUGUGAGAAAAAUGGAAGAAUCCGAUAAAAGUAAUAAUGAAAAAGUUUCUUCAUCUCAAGAAAUAGAAUUUUACAGAGAAGUCACGUAAGGCCACCGUUUCAAAACGAGAGGGUUGGAGACUCCUAAAUUUUAUAUUAACACUUUUUCUGUUAAACUUCACCAUCUGAUACUAUAGAGGGCACUCCAACCAAACCCAUUGAUACCUCCCAGAUUCUGUUCCCGGAGAGUCCUGUCUAUGAACCGGAAGAAGAUAUGGAAGAUAUUCAACAAAAUGUAGAGGGUGUCACCUCUACAACAGAAAUCAAGGCUAAAGAACAACAAGACGUCAAAGAAGACCCGCCAAGUCAAGUAAAAAGAAAGUUAAGCGAUGAACCUUUAUGUAGUGAUGCGAAGAUCCAGAAAAUAGAUCUCGCUAGUGCAGAGUGUGUUUCCACACAAAAUUUAGAUGAUGAAGUGUCAGAAAUAAUUGGUGGUGCAGCUAAACGAAAAUUUGAUGUGGAGUUACCGUCUACGUCACGAGUACGCACACCUGUCAAAUCGAGCCCAAGAAAAGUUACGAAGCGAAGUAACAGUGCUGAUGUAGCUAAACCAAAAACGCCAAAGACUCCUAAAUCACGACCGGCUAGCGUGGACAUCACAAAAACGCGGACGCCACGCACAAGAACACCCCGUCAGCAACGUCUGCAGUUGGAACAAAUUGGGGAACAAACAACCUCAGAAGGCACAAAUACCUCAGAUACAAACUCUCGUGCCAGUGUAGUGUUUGUAAAGGAAAUACCACCACCCCAACAAAACCCAGUGGAAAUAAUAGCAGAAGAAUCUAAUUCAGAAUUAAAUGAUUCACAAAGUUUCCAUCUAGUCUUGUCGCCAACUCCUGAUGAAGAUGUCAGUGAUGACAAAACAAAGCCACAUUAUAGCAGUGACCCAGUAAUUGUUAAGGAUAGAAAAGAAAUCCUUGAACCAGGUAAAGUUCAUGAAACUCACAGUGAAGGUUAUAAUUAUUCUGAUCAGAGUAACAAUUUGUCUCAACCAAUGCCAAAAGAUUAUAAUAAAGGAAAAUCUACUGAUCAAGAUAGUACUGAUAGUCUUAACUCAAUAAAUCUUGAAAGUCCUGACCAUGUUCCCAGUGUUGCUUCAAAGAUGAUAUCUAAAUUAUCUAAUGGAAACUCAUCAACUCCUACUGAAAUAUCAGUACCAGGAAAACAUGGAUUAUCGGAAGAUAGUGACAGCACUCCUGAUUUGAUCAAACUAAAUGGCAACAAAGCAAAGAGGCUUAAAAAUGAGUCCUUCCGCGCUAGUAACACUACUACACCAUCAACCAUAUCACCAUUGCAGAAUGGUCACUCGCUGCCUGUUAACACGCCCCAAGUACCAAUUUUCGAUAUUCACAUUAGCCAAAACGAAGAUUGCGAGUUCCUUUCUCUUUAUGUUGUGAGAACAGAUAAUGAUUUAGGAAUGGACAUGUGCAAAGAAUUCCAGAGGAUUUCAAAAAGGUUUACCAUAGAUCCGUAUAUGGCUGAUGUGUCUGUAAGCAACUCUCCAUCUAGUGUCACCAGUGGAGGCAUGAUAAAUUUACCUAACAGAACCUCGUUUGCAUCAGUUGUCAGCUCAACAUCUACCACUAGCAGUAAUCGUACCAGCGAUGGAGCUUUUGUAGUGCCCCAACCUCCGCGUAAGUCCGUGUCGAACCCUUCAACAACUGUUAAAGGAUAUGAUGCAUUAAUGAAAAAAUUACAAGAUAUCUUUUCACAUAUAAGAGAGACAUCUAUAGAUGACGGUAAUCGAUCGAUGAACGAAGAUAAAGUAUCUGUUGCGGUUCAAACCUCACUUUCUAGUGACACAGCAUCUCUGAGUAAUGGUAAUGCUAGUCCUGAUGAAGUCGGCAAAUGUGAUAAAGCUACUCCUAAGAGUUCACUUAAGAAAACCAGGGUAAGAGGUCGUAGACAUAUAGCUGGAAAAACCAAACGUGCUAUUUUACCAACGCAACACGAGGAAAUAGAAGAGGCCCAAGCUGCGAUCUCGCCUGAAAGGCUUCCAUCGAAUGGUGAAAAUGGGAAAAUGUCUCCACUCAAGUCACCUAAAGAGGAGAAGCCUUUAUCAUCUCUCGUGGGCACACCGAAAUCAGUUACUAAAUUGAAACAGAAACGGCGCCCAACUUCGCCUAGACCUGCAACUCCUGUGGACAAAGUUGUAGUCAAAACUGAAUACCCAGGUUUUCCUCCUGAUACAGUAGUGCUAGCAAAAUGGGUAGAUAAGCGUUAUUACUCCGGAAAAGUGUUAGAAAUCACUGAACCGAAUAAAUAUUCAAUUAAAUUUGAUGAUGGGCAUUCCAAAGUUCUAUUGGAUGAUUUCAUAAUAUUUGGAGAUAUGAAAAGAUUACCAUUGCGAGGGCAGUCGGUUUACGCAAUGGUAGAUGACGAGCAAAACUACGAGCCCGGCUUAGUCUUGGAAGUGGAAGAAAAUGCAAGCGGCACUGUCACUUAUCGAUGCAUAACUGAUGGCGAGUCGCAAGUGUGCGUGACGGCGAGCGAACUGUACCUGACGGAGGACCAGGCGCGUGCACUCAAGGAAUCCUCCCGACCGCGUUCCCCGCCCGCCCCCCACCCGACUACCCCGCGCCGCCGCCAUCACACCGAGCUUGAUCUCGACAACAUCAUACAGGGCCCUCGCAGUGCACGAAGUCGAGAUAAGGGCAGUUCGAGUGCAAAAAAACGGAUUGCGUCACCGAAGAGUCCUAAGGCUUCAACAUCAGGCGUCAAGUCCAAAAGCACGCCGGUGAGCCGCAAGAGGCUAGCAAGCGAGAGCAGCGAGAUGAGCGAGAGCAGUAACUCGGCGCCACCUGUUCGCAUCGAGGACGUCGCCGGCGUCGAACCUGAAGUGCAGCGGACGCCGCGGAAGAUCGACGGCGUCAAGGCGGGGCCAUUGCAACUCAAAGGUGCGGCCAAACAGAACAUAGGCAAAAAGAACUCGAAACUGGCCAAAUUCGAGAACGACGAAGAUACAGUAUCACUACUGGGGCCGAUACCAAGUACUGACUGCACUAUAUUCUCUGGGCUACACUUUCUGCUGACGUGUAACGAGGUUCCGCGAAGUAGAGAUACUGAUGAGAAAUCCACAGAAAAGAGUCAAGACACCCGACACUACUCGUCGGAGGAGGACGGCGAUACCACCUCCACGAUGGCGACAGACACUGAAGACUUUGAGUUCUGCAACCGGCCGUUCAACAAGGAGCGGCUUAAAGAGCAGAUAGAGGCUGGCGGAGGUGUUGUAUAUAGCCACUUCGACGACGUGCCAAAAGCUAAAUAUUCCGCGUGCAAGCUAAUCGCGCCUCGUCCAUGUACCACCGCUAAGUACAUCCAGUGUCUGAGCGUGGACAUCAGGGCGGUGUCCCACGCGUGGAUCAUAUUCAGCUGCAUCAACAACCGACUGAUGGAUGUCGAUUCUUACGUGCUACCCGCUGGCUGGUCACUUAUUAAGAAGAGAUAUAUGAAUUGGAGUCCAUCCACAGGCAAACGUAACACAACCAUCUUCAAGGACAAAGUGAUCCUCAUAUGUCACGAUCAGGACAACUUCGUGAAGUUCUGGGAUCGUGUAUGUACCCUUGCGGGGGCAACAACACGGGUCGUCAACGAGGAAAACUUGAACACAAACAGUGCCCACGCUCUAGUCACCGAUUGGGACUGUCCUCACGAAGUCCAGAAUAAGGCCAACCAAGAUAUGAUCCCUCUUGUUUCCCCGCACUGGGUUAAACAGUGCCUCAUCGAAGGCAAGAUCCUGCCCACUGAUGGUCACGAUAAGUUUUCAUUUAUGUAUACAGAGCCAGAAUGAUCCUGGGACUUCAGAAGGAUCCUCAUAAUACGUGAAAAUUGACACUUAGAGGACAGUGCGCGAGUGACGCUAGUGCUAAGUGAAGUUUAGUAUUGUUAUAGUGAUAAAACAAGUUAUCUAGUAUCAAAGAAUUUACGCUCAUUCAGGUGUUUGAGAAUUCAGUGGAAGGGACAAAAAGGUAUUGUCUUCUCAGUGUUUCAAUGUGGAUAUGUGAAUUUAAACUUUAAUGGACUCAUAAUUAAAUUGUUAAUCUGUUAAUAUGUGGAAUGUCUUGACUGAAAUUUUUCGAUGUACACGUGAAAUAAAAAUUAUUAGCAUCCUAUUUAGGGAGAAUUCAACUAAUGACAUUAUAAAAUAUUUCCAACAGAAACAUCGGUCUAAAAAUGGGAAAGUCUAUCAAUAUCUUAACUAUGUAUAGUUAAGGCUCAAAAUUGUUUUGUCUUUUUUCGUCCCAUGUCUCUUUGGAAAUAAAUGUUUAAUAUAAUUAAUGGAAUACUCCCUUAAAAUGAUAUAAUGAUUUUGAUUUCAACCUGUAUAGUUUAGUAUUAUUGUAUUGUUAUUCAAGAAAAUAAGGGUGAAUGAAAGUCAUUUUUUUUAUUAUUGUAAGGGAAUGGUAUUAAAUGUAAGUUAUAAAAUAUAACUUAAUAUUAAUAUGCCAAUGUAUAUGGUGAUAUUAUGUAUUUGAAUAUACAUGUUUAGAGAAUCAUCAGGCAUGCACACUUAUUUACUUGUGGCCGGCAUUAGUUUACAAAUAAGACUCGACCGUGAAAGAAAUUAAAGGAUAUAUAAUAAUAAAAUAAUUAUGAAAUAGUUGUAUGUCUCAAGAACAGAAUGUACUCAAUUUAAAGUUACAGUUUGUGUGAUUCAUAAACUUGGAAUAUGGCAUGUAAUAAUGACAUUAAUUACAUUUUUUAAUUAUUAAUUAUUGCCAAAUAUCAAUAUGAAUGUAGUUUUUAUACAAAAUUUUCGAAAAAUGCCUAAAAUUAAUUAUGAAAUAACAAAUUAUGUAUGUAAUUCUCUUAUUUUCUUGAUUAGCCUCUCUAACAAGUAUUGUACAACAAUCAUAAAUUACAGUUUCCAUAAAAUUUAUGUUGAUUAUGUAUUAAUAAUUUAUCUGACUACUACAUUUAAUUGAGAUUUGUCAAUCAAAAUAUUAUUACGAAAUUUAUUUUUAUUUGUUACAAAUUCAUUGACUUUCUUAUAUAAAUUCAGUUGUUAACAAUUCAUGUUUGAAACAAAUUGAAAUUGGCAAUGUUGGGAUUGUUUUUUUUUUUAAUGGAUGAUAAUGAAAUGAUAACUCCGCCUGCACUAUUGGUGUACACUAGCGAGGCACCAAUAAGGGUUGUUUAGUGACAUUGAAAAGGCAGGUCACAAUUAGCCCAGCGUGACGAAUUCAACAAUAAACUCGUUACGAUAGUUUCCAAGGGGAACCGCGUGUAAGUUGCCCUGAUAGGUUAUAUUGAUAACAAUGGGGACUAACCUCCCUAUUACUGGGGAAAGGGAUUGUUAGUAAUGGAGACUGAGAAUCCCAUUGCUAGCAAUAUACCCAACCAGGUCGGCCUCCUCGCGGUUCUCCCUGGAAACUAUCAUGAUUAAUUCCUGAUGAAUUCAUCAUGAUGGGCUAACUGGCCUGUUUUCAUUCUCAUCUCCCUUCACCCUUCACUGGUGCUCUGCCAGCGUAUCCCGUUAGCGCAGGCGGGGUUACCAUACCAUUUUCACCCAUCAAAAAAAAAACCUCCCCAUUACUAACAAUCAAUUUCCCCAUGUUGGGAUUGUUAAGAAAUGUUCAGUUCUUUAAGAACAUUACUAAUGAGGCUGAUUUUAUCUAUUAUGCAUUGCUCCACUGAUGCGGUCAGGCGAGUUCGCUCCUCCAUACCCAUAUUCAUGGCUAUAUUAUGAACAUAACAUUUAAAGAUAUUAUUUUUAAAACAAAUUUCAUAGUGAUAGGCUAAUCCAUUAUGGCGCUAAGAGGUAACAAACUCUCUUUCACAUUUAUAGUAUUACUAGCUAGUGCCCGCGACUACGUCCGCGUGGUAUUUGUUAUUCCUGUUAAAUAGGUAUAUAUCAAUGUAUUUAUUAUGUCUGGAAAUACUGGACCAAAAUUAAUAAAUGAUGUACUGUUCUCACUCUUUGCGUUAGGUCAAAAUGACUUUACUUAAGUAGGUUGUGUACUAAGCUGUAUAAGUUACUGUAGUUUUUUAACUAUCCCACGGGAACACUUUAAUUUUCCGUAAUUAAAAAUAUCUAAAAUGUUGACAGGGACUAUAAGGUACCACCAUGCCCUUAUAAACAGACAGAGAAAUAAAAAUUAAAAGAAAAAUCUUGAUGUGUUCUCUUUCACUUCUAACAUACCCCUGACUCGGUUUCAGCUUUUUUUUUUCUAUGUACAGACAUUCGACCUCUACAGUUUUAUUAUAUGUAUAAAUAAUAAGGAUUAGAACCGUAGAUAAAUACAUUUGUAAAUUAAAAGCUGCCAGUUUCAAUUUAUUUCAAACUAGUAUUGUUAGUGACUCAUAUAAUCAACCUGCAGGGCAUCCAUAUUUGAAAUGUAUUUGGCCUAUUAAUUGUGUUCAAUUAAUAACGUGAUAAAGAUACAAAUCAUACAAAUGAUCUGACAGUGAUUUAAUUGUAAGUAAAUGUUUAGAUGUGUUAGUUUUUGUCCGUAUAUAACAUAAGUAUUCUAUUUAAUACAAAGUCUUGUAAUAGGGGAUUUUCAAUUGUGUUUUUAUGUAUAGAAAUUGUCUCUCUGUCAGUAUGCGUGAAUAGAUGGGCUUACGCAUUUGUAUCGCAAGUAUCCACAAAAUAUCCAAAUUUCUCAUUUGUAUACAAAAACUGCGUUUAAAAGUUUAAACUGUUACUAAUUAAAAUUAAAAAAAAUAUAUAUAAGAAUAAUAGAACAAGGCAUGAGUGGUGUCGAAUAUUUUAAAGGAAAUCUUCCACAAAUUUAAUUUUUAUGAAUUAGUGUUUUGUUACAUUCUUACCAACAAAAUUUCACGUAAAAGACAAAACGACGUUUUUGUAAGCAAUGUAUAUAUAUAUAUAUAUAUUCUUUAUUGCCCUUGUAAAUUACAUAUAAAAUAAUAUAUUUAUAAAUGUUGUGAGCAAGGGUGGACUUAUCUCUGAUAGAGAUCUCUUCCAGUCAACCCAGUACAGUAAGGAAGCAUUUCGUUAGCGGACACCUGAAGUGCUACAACUAUUAAUAUAUAAACAAAUAUACAAUUAUUUAUGUAUUAAACUUUAAUACACCUAUAUAGUAUAAAUGGCGGACUUAACACCAUAUGGUGUUAUCUACCAGUGGAUCGUAGACAGGAAUGCCAAAAAAUGUAUUUGACAGUGCAACGUAAUGAACAAUAUUAAAUUAAAACUGUAAUUUAAAAAUAACGUAUUAUAUAUAUUCUAUAUUGCACUUGUAAAUUACAUUGUUAAUGCAUUUAUAAAUAUUGUGAGCGAGGGUGGACUUAUCUCUGACAGAGAUCUCUUCCAGUCAACCCAAUGCAGUUAGAAAGCAUGUCGUUAGCGGGCAGCUGAAGUGCUUCAUAUUAUACUCAAUAAAUAUAUUUGAAAAUUUCUUCAUAAUAUUUUUAUAUGAAUUUCGUAAGAAGUUUUUGAAUUUGACUAUAUUUUUGUGUACAUCGUGAUAGUUUUAAUCAAUUCUUAGCAGGUUUUGAUAACUCCAUUGUUUUUCCCAUGUUAAUUUUAUUGUAAUUGUGAUCACUGUAAAUCAAUAUCUUGUUUACAUCAAUAUAUAAAAGUAAUAGAUAUAUAAUCAGGAAUAAAACACCAAUCAUCAAGAGAGUGUGACUGCAGUCAAAUAUGCUGAAGUAUUCCUAUAUAUUUAGUAAAAAAAGAAGGUGGAGUUCCUUGAUAUAUGUCUCCAUAUAUACGUUAAUUUUUCGACUCCACUCAUGCCUUGUCCUGUCAUAAUCUUUGUUUUUUUUUUUUAUUUAAAUUUGGAACAGUUUUAAAUUUUUACUUUUGUGAAACUUGGGUUUUUGCUUAUCAAUAACUGAAAGAUAUAAAUUAGCAUUUUGAAAUAUUUUAUAUUCAGUCAUUAUUUUUAAAUUGGUUGAGUAUCCAUUAUAUAUAUAUACGGUCUCAUUUAGUUAUAAUUGAUUUAGUGCUUGAUUUAGUUAUAAAUGAUUAGUACGGCUUAAGCCGAGGACAAAGUAAACAAGAAAUAUUAAAUGUUUCUUCAGUUAAUUUGAAUAGUUCCAAUGUAAUAUGUUAUAACGCAUUCUUUUAUUAUUAGUGGAUUAAGUUGACACUUAUUUCAUAAUGUAACUUUUUCCGAAUUAUAAAAAUUUUUUCUUCAUUUAAUGUAGUGAACUGAGGAAACUUAGUAAAGAUAAAACUAAUUAAUAAAAUGUUAUUAUAAUAUUUUUUUUUUUUCUUAUAUUUCAGUUGCAAUAUAAAUUCUAUACUUUAAUAAAUUUCAGAAAUUUAUAAGUAAAUGGAUAAAAAAAAAAAAACAAAACAAAAUUUAUGUAUUGUUAUUAUGUAUUAUGCAUUUUUUGUUAUAAUAUAUUAUCAAUCUGUUGUACUUUUUUUGCCAACUUCAAUGAUGUAUAAUUUAAGUAAUAUUGACAGUAUUGUAAUGGUUUCACAAAGUGUAGAUUUAAUAUUAAAUGUAUUAAUGUUUUAAUGUGAAUACAAGGUGUAAAAUGGAAAGGGGUAUAAUUAAGAUAUCUAGAGGUAGUGGAUACGAUUUUGAAGUGUUAUCUAUACCUAUCUGUAUAACUUUAAAGUGAUACGUCGAAAGUACGUUAAGAAAAAUAUAUUAUAGCAUAGAAUUUAAUUUUAUAAAAGCUAAAAGUUAGUUUCUACUGGUCCAUAAAAUGUUUUCGCUGUAAUAUCAAACUAAAACUUUAAUUUUAGACAGAGAAUUGUGCUUCAGAAUCAACCACAAUAUUUGAACUACUUUAUCUAAGGACUAAAUGAAAAACAAGUACUUUUAUUCCUACAUAUGCCUUUGCUUGGGAAAAAUUUAAAGAACACUAGCGAUUCAGAUUACUAUACUCUUACUGAUAUGCCUUGUAUAAUUAAUCAUGUAUUUAUGUAUUUUAUAGAUACUUUUGAACGAUCAUGAUCUCUGGACCAGAUAUUUUUGGAUUUUAGUACAUAUGUAGUGAUUGUAAAAUCAUCUCUCGGCGUGCAGGCAUAUUUUCAAAAUUUCCAACUGCAUAAUGUUACGAAAUGAAGUUUACAAACUAAAUUAAGAUUUAAUCUGAAUUGUAAAUAUUAUAUUAAUGUUUAAUAUAUGUAAUUCGUAAAUAUAGAAUUGUGUAAAUUCUCGUAUAGAAUUUGACGAUUAUACAAACGUUGACUAAACAGUUUAUUUGAUGGAAGCUUUUUAUAAUUACCUCAUAUGACAUUAUUGUUUAAAAUUACAAACGCUUAAUACAUUUAGUUAGAUGACCACACCCAUAUUGUGAUUUUAUGGAAUGUAAAUUUUUCUAAUGGAAAUUAUGUGUAUAUAGACAAAAUUCAAAAUCAGUAUUGAAACAUUUUUGAUAAGCAAAAUUAUGUUAAUCUUCUUUCUAAUUCUGCUUAUACUGCGAUAUAUGGCAGGAUUGGUCAGGGGAUAUAGUCGUAGCGAAAAGUAUAACUAUUUGUUGCAUAGAUGGCGCUGUUUAUCCUAAGUCAUAAUUAAUGCCAUCACUCCACUUCUUUUCAUUAUACCACAAGGUCACAACUCAAAGGAAAGUUUCCAUUAUAAUUUAGUAGGUGGCGCCACUAUCGCAUAAAGCUGUUUAUAUUUCUUCGUAAUAAUAGUAGCAGUAUUGUUAAAUACAUAUUAUGCCUAAAAAGUAACAAAUUUACUAUUAACUACCGUAUAUUCCUGUUGCGAUUGUAGCGCCUCCUAUUAAUUGUGUUUGGAAGCUUCCAAAGGGUAAGUGUAGGUGCGAGCAAAUAAACACAAUUUUUGUACCAUGUGACCUACUCAACAACGUACUUCAUAGUCUAUGAUUAUUUUAGUAAAGAUAUUUGCCGCCAACCGUAUAAUAUCACUGACUUUGUUCAUAAACUUGCAUUUCGCAUAUGUUGCGACUUAUUGUUUUUUGUUGCUGUAGGUAUAUUCGUUGUAAUGGAGUCAAGUAGGAUUGUAAUGUGUAAUUAUGAAUAAAAUGAUGGAAAUAUA